AUCAGCUGGGCUCUAGCUGAGGCCACAAGGAGAGCGCUGUGAUAAUGCCCUCGAAACUCUUACAUGACCGGUGAUGUUUUGCCACAUAUUUUGCUCAAACUAAACCUGAUUACAUUCUGAAUUAUAACGCGACUAGACCACAUAUAUACCGUCACGGCUAUUGCUGUAUCACCCUAAACUCCACAAACACUCCAUAGGUAUCAUUUUCUACGGACCUGAGAUCUCAUCCCCGAGUUUAUUUAUUGACACCGCACCGGCUCACAAGCGUCUACGUUACUGCUCUUCGAUGCAGCGCGUGUACAUUAAUAUAACUUGUAGUAGCGGAUUAAAUUCAAAAGCUAUGGGGCGACCGAGCGCGAGCCUACCUUGCUCAUUUUAAAAUACAGAGCUGUUUUGUUUCUCGCGACCUCCCCGGUAGGCCGUUGUGAGGGGCGGAACCUGACAUGAGCAAACACUCGCGCGGAGUUUAGCCUGUUAGCUAGCCGCCUGACGGCUUUAAAUCAACACACUUAACAUUCAUGAUGGAGUCUUCACUUGGGAUUUCUGAGAGCAAAUGUGUGACUACUGUUAGAGGGUAUGAGCUCAGAGGCGGACAGAAAGAACCAAGACUCUUGUCCCUGUUAGAAUGUUCUGGACAAUUCAAGUUGGAUAUUCUGGCAAACCCUGAUGCAAUUGUAUUAAGUCCUGUGCCCCAGCUGUCCAUCCCUAUCAAUAACCAUUUUCAGCUUGUUCGAGAGGCCGAUGAAGCGCUUCUCAUUGACCUCUCUAAUAACACAACGGUACGGAUUCGUCUUCGAGGUGAACAAACUCCAGAGUUUGUGCUGGAGCUGCAGGAUGACGUGCAUACGCAGUCCUUCAUUCAGUAUGUGAUGAAGGCCAAACAGCAAGCUGAGGGAAGGAGUUCAUUUCCCAAGAAAAUGGAGCCUGUUGUACCUGUUCCAGUCAAAGGCUGCGUUCCAAUCCCACCUCAGAGAGGAACCUCCAAAUCCACCUCAGUCGUCAUCAAGAACAGCACUUUAGUGCAGCCAUUAAAUACAGACUCCGUCCUCUCGCUUGCGACUGAUUUUGGCUUCGAGGAAAAUUUUAACCAUUCUUUAAAAGUGGAAGAAAAGAAGAACCAGCAAAACCGUAUAUUUGCACAACGAGAGCCGCCACCACCUCCAGUGCCCCCUCUUCCCCCUCGGAAAGGCACAUACACACCACCAACUAACCUCACAGCAGGCCCAACCCCCAAAGAAAGGCCACCGCCUGCACAGAAUGCUACACCUGUCAGACAUGAUUAUAACUUCGUAGACCGCUCUAUUUCCUGGUCUGACAGCCCAUCUAACUACAGUAUGAGACAGGCCACGAUGAGCAGCCACGCAGGCUCCAGGGAAGGCCUGAUCAGGUAUCGGCUCGGCAAGAAGGAGAAAGAAUAUGUGGACAUUCAGAACUUCAGGUUUUUUAUUGGCACAUGGAAUGUGAAUGGUCAGUCCCCUGACAGCACUCUGGAACCUUGGCUGUGUUGUGUCCCAGACCCUCCAGAUGUCUAUGCACUGGGAUUUCAGGAGCUGGACCUGAGCACAGAGGCCUUUUUCUAUAUGGAUUCAUCCAAAGAACAGUUGUGGGUUGAAGCAGUAGAGCGAUCCCUCCACCCUAAAGCCAAAUACAUACGAAUUCGUAUUAUUCGCCUGGUGGGAAUGAUGCUGGUGGUGUAUGUCAACAAAGCACACAAAAAUUACAUAAGUGACAUAGCUUCCGAGUCUGUGGGAACUGGUCUCAUGAAUAAAAUGGGGAAUAAAGGAGGAGUGGCAGUGCGCUUUGUUUUUCACAAUACUAGCUUCUGCUUCGUAAACUCUCACUUGGCGGCACAUGUGGAUGAUUAUGAACGUCGGAACCAGGACUACAAAGACAUCUGUGCCCGCAUGAGCUUCCACCUGCUGGACUACCCCCCUCUCAAUAUAGUUAAACAUGAUGUGGUGAUUUGGCUCGGAGAUCUCAACUACAGGCUUUGUUUGCCUGAUGCAGUGGAGGUGAAAAGACUUAUUGCUGACAACAAGCUACAGAGGCUUCAAGAGUAUGAUCAACUGAACCUCCAGAGAAUUACUAAAAGUGCCUUCACUGAUUUCAUGGAAGGAGAGAUUAAUUUCAUCCCAACUUACAAAUAUGAUGCAAAAUCAGAUCGAUGGGACUCAAGCGGGAAGUGUCGGAUCCCUGCGUGGUGUGACCGUAUCCUGUGGAGGGGGAGCAACGUGAAGCAGCUUCACUAUCGCAGUCACAUGGAGCUGAAGACCAGUGAUCACAAACCCGUCAGCUCCCUCUUCAUCAUCGGGGUGAAGAUGGUGAACGAUCAGCGCUACAAGAAGGUGUUUGAAGAGAUUGUGCGGGACAUGGACAGAAUGGAAAAUGACUUUCUCCCUUCUCUGUUCCUUACCUGCCGGGAGUUCACUUUUGAGAAUGUAAAGUUCCGUCAGCUUCAGCGUCAGAGUUUUCUUAUCACUAAUGAUGGACAGGUGACCUGCACCUUCGCCUUCAUUCCCAAACUCAAUGAUUCUCAGUACUGUAAGCACUGGCUACGCGCUGAACCCUGUGAGGGGGUACUAGACCCUAAUGAGACAAUAGAAAUCUUCUUGGAGGUGUAUGUCAGUAAAGACUCUGUAACUCUGCUAAAUUCUGGUGAGGAUAAGAUCGAGGACAUCCUGGUGCUUCACCUGGACCGAGGGAAAGACUACUUCAUCACUAUCUCUGGGAACUACCUGCCCAGCUGCUUUGGAACUUCUCUAGAGACGCUAUGCCGUAUGAAGAAGCCCAUUCGCGAGAUCCCCAUCACCAAACUCAUCGACCUGGGAGAGGAUAGCUGCAUGGAAAAGGAGAAAUCCAGGAUGAAUUUCUUGUUGGACAGUGCUGGUGCAGAGGAUACACCUCUGAAGAUUCCCAAAGAGGUUUGGUUGCUUGUUAAUCACCUCUACACAAAGGCCUGCCAACAGGAGGACCUCUUCCAAACCCCCGGCCUUCAAGAUGAGCUACAAAGUAUUAUUGACUGCCUGGACACCAGCAUUCCUGAAUCCAUCCCUGGCUGUAAUCACUCAGUUGCUGAAGCUCUGUUGAUCUUCUUGGAGGCUCUGCCUGAGCCUGUGCUGUGUUAUGAACUCUACCAGCGCGGUCUUGAAUGCUCUCAUGACAGUCGCCUUUGCAAACAGCUAAUAUCUCAGCUCCCACGGGCUCAUCGCAAUGUGUUCCGCUACCUGAUGGCCUUUUUGAGAGAAUUGCUUAAACACUCUAUUGACAACAACCUGAAUGCCAACCUCCUAGCUACUCUCUUUGCAAGCCUUCUUAUUCGGCCACCACCCAAACUUGCUAGCAAACAGACGUCAAGCGAUCGUCAAAGAGCCACUGACUUCAUCUUGGGGUUCCUGAUGGGAGGUGAUGAAGACUGAGGGAGCUGACUGCAGAACGGAGGGUCAGACAUUAAGGUGUCAUGCCUCCUCUCAGGUGGUUCUAGAGUGAGUGGACUUGAACUGGACUGUUGCGGUGUGUUUGUGGCUGGACUUCUGGGAGAUAUUUGGGUCACCCUGCACUAAAAUGGCUAACACCUCUUUGAUGGGAGUUUGGGAGCAUUGGAUAUUUCCAGCUUUUGCACAGACAUUGCCCACUGGUUACAUUGUACUAUUCUUCUAUUCCUUUCUCAGGGGAAUAGUCUCUGGUGUAAACUUAUCUCCACUCUGGCUGCGUAGCUCUGGAAUUAUUAAUAAGUACACUUUGACUCUAAUAAACCUCACCUUUUUGACUGUAGCAUUUAGAAUGCUAUGUGUAGACCCCACCUUCACAGUUUUUGACCUCUGGAGCAGAGUGCUGAAAUACCAAAUCCAUUAUUUCUCUCAGUAUUUGACUGAAUGUGAUUGAAAAUGAAUAUCUGGACUCGUAGACACUCAGAUAAUGACUUUAUUACACUAAAGGAAAGCCGUGUUGAGGAGGUUGUAUUGACUGCUGGUGGGUUAAAUUCUCUCUCUAGAAUGGUUAAGUUAUCAGAACUUGGAGUACCUUUUCUCUCAAUCUGCCUGUCGUUCUCUGUCUCCCCUUCUCUCUUGCCAUCUUGAGAUGGGUAUCAGAAUCAUGUGCUGACUUUCAGAGAAGAAGUGUUUUAUUCCUAUCGACUAUCUUUCAGCGCUGAAGUUCUGUUCUGUUAUCUUUACUUACAGUUGGAUCUGAAUCAUGAUGAAUCAGACGGCUCUGUCCAUUGUGGUGUGCACAUGUUAUUUAUAUGGUGUCUAGUCUCAUGUACUGUUGUCUUCAACAUUGUACAUUUUGAUGUCCUUCGUCUUUAUGAACUGGCUGUGCUCCAGAAACACUUUCUGUAUCCUUUGUAGUUUUGAUGCCACAACCUCCUUUGAUUUCGUUACCUUCAUUAGAUCUGUCAAUGUAAUCCAGAGGACUGGGAAGAAUCCUUAUUCUUUUACAGGUCUGAUAUGAAUCAUGUCAUGUUACAGACACGUUAAUGUUUAAACGGAUGUGUUCACUAGGUGCUUUAAUAUGAUUUGUUCUGUAAUGAAGAUGCAAUCAUGGUCCUUCUGUUUUCUCUUAAUGUGUAUGUUGUAUGUCAUACUGUCCCUUAACUCAGAGUGGAAAAUUGAGUGUCCGUUUAUAGUCUUUGUGUCCUUUUGUUCAGCAGUGGUGUUGUUACACUUUGUAUUUCCAUGUAGUGACACCGAUACAUGGAAAUCUCUCUUGCAUUCAUAGUAUACUUUGGGAUUCUGCUGAACUUAUUUGUGUGGUGACUGAAAUUCUGCUGAGGUUUAUUUCCUUCAAAAACCUUUUCUUUAAAGUGAUCUUUGAUACCGCAGAGGCUCAAUACUACCCAACCAGUGUUUUUUUUCAGUGUUUGAAUAGGAUGCUUCCUCUGUUCUGUUAUGCUUAUAGUAAUCAAAUUUAAAGCUAUAAUAUUAUUAGAAAACAAACCACCAAAGCCUUUUCACAAAAUAAUGAGCGUGACGCCUUCCCCAGUCCAUUAGCAGUAUUUCCUCAAAAUGCAGGAAAAAAAGAAAUGAAAAAGUGUUGUCAGCAAAGUCUUAAUGUCCUGCUUUUACUUUAAUAAUCAAGAAGUGACACUCUGUGAGUGAUCAUGGCUGUAGCUAA